CUGCACUUUCCCCAGACCUUCUAUACAACGCUGACCCUGACCCUGGCACGCCUUGAGUCUGGAGAUGCGGAGACGCGGCGGUCGGUUUCGGACAACAAGCGGACUCAUCUCACCGAAACGGACCUCUUAUCUUUCUGCCUACCAACCACAUGGCGGACUUGCAUUCAUCAUCACCGACCGAUGUCGUGUUUGGCGACGCUGAUAGCGACAUAAUGCCUGUUCGUGGACACGCACAAUGUCCGCCCAUCCCAAGUCCGGAACGCACGUUUGCUGUCUUUCGUCACUCUCCCAUGAAAACCAGGGCGCAUUACUUGGACAUUGGCUCGCAGGCAAAGGAUUCCGACAUCCGGAGGCGCAUAAGUCAAGACGCUGAUUCACCCAGCAAACUCUGUUUUCCUCCUCCUCCUCCUCUCCACAGCCGUUUCUGUCAGUCAGAAACACGUCGCUCUUCACAUGGAAAAAAAGACACCGUCCAGGAACUGCAAACUCUGUCCCCUCAUCCGCCGUCCCAGCGGGAUUUGAUUCGAACAGCGUUCAAUAUUGGACGACCUGAACUAUCCAGGCUCGGAAAGCGAUGCCCCUGUGGAAUACGAAAGAGAGCCCAGAGGCUCUACGACAACGAAGUAGGUGUUGUUCGAAUUCUCUUCUUGCCGGAGCCCACAUACAUGGCGGGCAGAAAAACUCUCCUGGAACUCGAAAGCUCGAGCGCACCAAGAUGGGCCAGUCACCACAAAAUCUACUCGCAUUCCAUCAUCAGCCAAGUUACUGGCUACGGGUGUAGUCUCCCCUCGAGACCAUGUAGCUUGUGAUAGGUAGUCCACCUCUCGGCUUCUCCAGUUUUUUUUCUUUCACUCUGAUAAGGUAGCGUUACACUGCAUCGAACGCCCCCCCUCGGACAAGAAGGGCAAGGAGAC